CAAUCGCAGAACCUUCAAAAUUUACUCACUAGACCAUUUCUCUUGGAGAUUUGUUGCAUGUGGCAGAUGAUCAGAUCUGUACCAACACAAGACAAGAUGAAGUUUAGCCAUCGCUGGACCUUCAAGCUGUUUGUGACGGCAGUGCUGUGUCUCGCUUUGAACGCUGACAGUCAAACAUGUGACACUGAAAUUAAAAUCCGCCGCAACGCAGUCUAUGAGACAACACUUGGAGAGCAACUGAGGAUUGUCUGCCCUGUACAGUUUUGUGAUGGAUCCAUUCCAACAAUCAAAUGGUUUAAACUGGAAGACGACUCUGUAGAAGUGAACUUGAGAGACGAUAUUGAAAUAGAGUGGACAGGAAACAAUAAUGAAGGAAAAUCAUUUUUAAUAUUCAAAAGUGUCCAAAACAGCGAUGUAGGACUUUAUCAAUGCCGAUCUGGAAAUGUUGUGAGUCAUACAGUCAACGUUACACUGAAAGGUCAAACAUGUGAUAUUGAAAUUAAAAUCCGCCGCAACACAGUCUAUGAGACAACAGUUGGAGAGCGACUGAGGAUUGUCUGCCCUGUACAGUUUUGUGAUGGAUCCAUUCCGACAAUCAGAUGGUUUAAACUGGAAGAAGCCCCUGUAGAACUGAACUGGAGAGACAAUAUUCAAACAGAGUGGACAGGAAAUAAUAAUGAAGGAAUAUCGUUCUUAAUAUUCAAGAGUGUCCAAAACAGCGAUGUAGGACUUUAUCGCUGUCAACUUGGAAAUACUAUGAGUCAGAUAAUCAACGUUACACUGAAAGAUGACAGUGUGAAUGCCACUUUUCAGAAUCAAAAUAGCACAUCCACUGAUGAUGAUGACAGAGGACAUUUGUGGCUUUACUUGUACACGGCUGCAGGGAUUGGAGGAAUUGUUGUCAUUGUAACAGUCAUAUCUAUUUUAUUAAUAAGAUGCACUGGUAAGAUAGAAUUGUGGCAGAUGAUCAGAUCUGUACCAACACAAGACAAGAUGAAGUUUAGCCAUCGCUGGACCUUCAAGCUGUUUGUGACGGCAGUGCUGUGUCUCGCUUUGAACGCUGACAGUCAAACAUGUGAAAAUGAAAUUAAAAUCCGCCGCAACACAGUCUAUGAGACAACACUUGGAGAGCGACUGAGGAUUGUCUGCCCUGUACAGUUUUGUGAUGGAUCCAUUCGGACAAUCAGAUGGUUUAAACUGGAAGAAGACUCUGUAGAAGUGAACUUGAGAGACGAUAUUGAAGCAGAUUGGACAGAAAACAAUAAUGAAGGAAAAUCGUUUUUAAUAUUCAAAAGUGUCCAAAACAGCGAUGUAGGACUUUAUCAAUGCCGAUCUGGAAAUGUUGUGAGUCAUACAGUCAAUGUUAAACUGAAAGGUGACAGUGUGAAUGCCACUUUUCAGAAUCAAAAUAACACAUCCACUGAUGAUGAUGAUGACGACAGAGGGCAAUUGUGGCUUUACUUGUACACGGCUGCAGGGAUUGGAGGAAUUGUUGUGAUUGUAACAAUCAUAUCUACUUUAUUAAUACAAUGCAAUGGUAAAACAAAGAACAAGACUCAAAGUGAAAACCAGUAUAUGGACAUUCCCAUGUUGGAACAGCCUACGCAUCACUCCAGCCAUCACACGCUGCCCAGAUCAAGUCCCCGUGAGCCUCCACCUCACCGAACCAGCAGGAAAACGCAGCCCCCCUCUGCUCCUCCUCAGAUGGUCAAUGUAUAUGGACAAAUGGAGGGACAUACACCCGGGGAGGAGGGUAGAUCUGUCGUCUAUGCUGCUUUGAAUCACCAGCAUCUGGCAACUGCUACUUCUCGGCCCAGGAUGGUAGUGGAGGAGAGGUCCGAGUACGCUGCCAUCAGGGUCUCCUAAAAUGAAGGACAUAUUGUUUUACUAAGUGACUGUUUUUACCUCUCCUAAGAACUCCUCAUAAAUCGUUAAGGUAGAUUAUAAUUAUGAUUGAACAGUUAUUUGCUUUUAAAGGCAAAAUGGACUAUUGUGAGCUUUAAGUCAUGUUAUAAUGCUGUUACCUCAUCAAAAACAUACCUGGAGUUGUGUUUUGUUUCAUCCUCACAUGUUUGAGUAACACUUAGUCUACAUCUCCAAAGCCCAAAAUGCUCUGUUCCACCUUAUGAUGUCAUGAAGUGGUAGUUUAAGUUAACAGCUCCUUUUACCUUUUAGUUCAGCAGAUGGACAAUUCCCGAGCUGAAAUUAUUCUAGUGAAGGUGGAUGGAGUUUAAAAAUACUGCAUUACCACAUGGCAUCACAAAGUGGAACAGUGUUUUCUGUUUGAGAGAAGAACUCAGCCUAAAUAUGCAGGAUUUGUGUUAAACCUGUGUGAAUGAAACAUAAACAACUCUAGUUAUGUUUUUGACAAGGUUUUUGACAUAACAUAGAUCAGAACACAGUGUAAUACGGGCCCUUUAAACUCUUGGACGGGCCGAUAUAAACCCGUACAGUUUGGUAAACACUAGAACAAUCUUUCACACUGUGAUCAUAACCCCAUCACUUUAACAAAAUAAGUUCUUACCGGUUUAUUCUAAAUAGCAAUCAAAUCAACAAUGUCAGUUGAAAUUGUACCUUUGUUUGGAAGAUUACUGCUAGUUUUUACUACAUACUUGUACUUAUACUUGAUAUUCUAAUUUUGCAUCUCU